AUGCAUUCUUGUAGUGAGAGGAGGAUGAUAACAAUAAUCUGGAGCUUGUGUUUAGUCUUCUGUCUUUCUCAAUCAAUACUUGUGUUUGGUUCUUCUCAUGCUAAACACUUGUGUCUUCCAGACCAUAGGGAUGCUCUUUGGGAGUUCAAGAACGAGUUCAAUGUCCAAGAGUUCAAUUCCAAUGGAAUUGUUGGCGAUAAGAAGACAGAGAAGUGGAGGAACAACACUGAUUGCUGUUCUUGGGAUGGUGUCUCUUGUGAGACAGGCAAGGUCGUUGGGUUAGACCUCGGGUUCAGUAAUCUCAACGGCCUUCUGAGAUUUAAUAGUAGCCUGUUUAGACUACAACAUCUUCAAAGCCUAGAUCUUCGCUUCAAUUAUAUCUCGGGUAUUCUACCGUAUUCCAUCGGCAACCUCAAAUAUUUGAGGGUUUUGAGUCUUCGUGGUUGCAAUCUCUUUGGGAAGUUUCCUUCUUCACUCGGAAAUCUUUCUCAUCUCACGAAUCUUGAUCUUUCGGAUAAUGAUUUCACCGCCGGUGAGCUACCGGAUUCGAUAGGGCAUUUAAACAAGCUGACAGAGUUGGAUGUUCGAUCGACCAAGCUCAGUGGGAACUUCCCUCGUGUGCUACUCAACUUGAGCUCGCUCAUCUCAAUCGACCUUAGUUCUAACCAGUUAAAAGGUAUGCUCCCAUCUAACAACAUGAGUAGCCUCUCCAAACUGAAGUCUUUUAUGAUUAGUGAAAAUUCAUUUUAUGGAACCAUUCCCUCUUCUCUCUUCAUGAUCCCUUCGCUGACUAGACUUGACCUAAGCAGAAACGACUUCACCGGUCCUCUUGAGAUUGGGAAUAUCUCUUUACAACCUAACCUUCGAUACUUAUACAUUGGAGAAAACAAUUUCAAUGGACCAAUCCCAAGAUCUAUAUCAAAACUAGUCGGACUCUCGGAACUUAGCCUCUCUUUCUGGAACACAGGGAGGUCUAUUAAUGAUUUCAACAUCUUCUUGCAUCUCAAGUCACUGACGUCACUUGAUCUUUCAGGAAUUAAUUUGAAUAUCACUUCCACUCUCCAUUUUCCCUCACCCAUAGCAGAACUGAUUAUAUCGUCCUGCAAUAUUUCCGAGUUUCCCAAGUUUCUACAAAACCAAACCAGUUUGCAGGUAUUGGACAUCUCUGCCAAUCAAAUUGAAGGCCAAAUACCAGAAUGGCUAUGGAGUCUGCCAGCUUUGAUGUACGUAAACAUUGCUCAGAAUUCCUUCAGUGGAGAACUAAAUAUAUUACCAAACUCCACUACCGGUUACUUUAUAGGCUCUGAUAAUCAGUUUUCUGGAGAGAUUCCUAGAGCAAAUAAUCUUCAACUACUUGUUUUGUCCAACAACAAUUUCAGCGGUUCUAUUCCAAGGUGUCUUGACAAUCUCAAUACUUCUCUUGUGAUCUUGCAUCUUCGGAAUAACAGUCUCUCUUGUGUUAUUCCGGAGGAAAUUAUCAGUGAUCGCUUGAGAUCACUUGAUGUUGGUGACAACCAGUUAUCAGGACAACUUCCCAAGUCUCUAAUCAACUCCACUCGUCUCGAGUUUUUGAACAUGGAAAAUAACCGAAUCAAGGACAAAUUUCCAUUCUGGUUGAGUUCGUUGCCCGAUCUACAGAUACUUGUCCUUCGUUCUAACAAGUUCUACGGGCCAAUAGCUUCUCCUAGGGAUUCUUUGAGUUUCCCUAAUCUACGAAUCUUUGACAUUUCGGAAAAUCUUUUCACUGGAGUGUUGCCAUCAGAUUACUUUGUUGGUUGGAGUGCAAUGUCAUCGGCUGUAGGCGUUGUUUAUAAUAUGCAAAUGAUUUUAGCUCCAGGAAUAACCCAAGAAUUAUAUCAUAAGUCUGUGUUUGUGACGAACAAAGGAUCGAAUAUGGAGCUGGUUGGCAGUGUUUUCAAAAUCUACAAAACCAUCGAUGUCUCCGGAAACAAAUUCCAAGGAGGUAUUCCGGAAUCCAUCUGUUUACUUGAGGAACUGAUUGUACUCAACAUGUCAAACAAUGCUUUCACAGGCCGUAUACCAUCAUCUCUAUCAAACUUGACCAAUCUCCAAUCAUUGGAUCUAUCUCAAAACAGUUUAUUCGGCAGUAUUCCACUUGAGCUUGGGAAACUCACGUUUCUUGGGUGGAUGAACUUUUCUUACAACAGGCUUGAAGGCCCAAUACCACAAGCCACUCAGAUUCAAAGCCAGAAUAGCUCAUCGUUUACAGGGAAUCCCGGUCUAUGCGGUGUUCCUCUUCAAGAAACCUGCGGCCAAGAAGAAGAGACAACAAAGCAAGAGCAAGAUGAGGAAAAGGAAGAAGAAGAUCAAGUCUUUAGCUGGAUUGCAGCUGCAAUAGGCUAUAUACCUGGUUUGUUCUGUGGACUCACCAUCGGCCACAUUCUCAUCACUUCACAUAGACGUGACUUGUUCAUGAGGACCAUCCACUAG